AAGAAUCAGGGACUCUCAGAUUUCAUUUUUUGCCGCAUACUGUCUCCUUUUUGUGAGAUAGUUCUGACAAAAAAGUACGCAGACACCACAGACCAGUAAAAACACUGAACUGAAGGCGGCUAAAACGGAAAACACGGAACACGCCUCUUACAUUCGCUCUUUUAUUUUUAAUAAGAGUAGCCACAAUCCACUCACGGUUGUACAACGACAUGAUGCUGAGGGUUGCGGUUAGGGAACAGGGGGUAAUGAAAGGAAAAAGACCAGAGGAGCAGUAACUUUCCUGUCCCUGAAAAAAAAAUAUCGUUUGCAUUUCUGAAACCACAACUCAGUGGUUCAUACAUCCGGAGUAUUAUGUAAACUAUUUAUGCUUUUGUUUUUUUUAAUUUUUUUGGGAACUACAAUCAGACAUGAAUAGAAAAUACACCAGUCUUAUGGCACAAUCUGUACAUGUAUAGGUGGGCUUCUGAAAAACUUGUCAUUGGUGAUUAAUGUAUCCUAUUCAGAAUAUCUAAAGCUGGCCUUGAGCUUGUAUGAGUCUGCCACGUUAAAGGUGCAGCAUUAUACCAUUAGUAGCCUCACAUGCAUGAGUGAGACCACGUCUGAAGGCUGCACACCUGACUAAAACUGAAUCCAGAGUUAUUUUCCGGGUUGGAAAAAUUACAACACCUCGGCUGUGACGGCUGUCAAAGUUCUUGACUCGAAACGGAGCAGAGAAAGACUUCACCAUUUCAGAGCUCCUGUCCAGUCCUACAUCUUCCCAUAUAAUUAUUUAUAUAUUUAUUACCUAGUACAUACUUCGUUAAGAUUCAGUCCAGUGAAUUGUUGAAAUAACUCCCCGAUGAGGAUCGUCAACAAUUCACUCAUUGAAAUUCUGAGUCAGUGAUGGAGGUUGUGCUUGCUCUCCCAUAACAUGAUUAAUCUAUAAUGUUACCUCGGGCUGUGUAUUUGGAAGAGGGAGAGACAUGCUUAUUCACCUCUAGUGCUGCAGACACUUAUUGCUAUUCCCUGCACAUUUCUGCUUGACAUGAAUGGAUUUUUGACUUGUCUCCGAUUUAGCCCUCCUCCAAAUUGGUGCAGGGGCUUCGUAUAACUACGUCCAGGAUCACAGCGGGAUGGAAAGAGCCAGUUGCACUAUGACAGACCCUUCAGUCAGCUCAUAAUGCUGAAGCACGAUCUCCAGCUAUUCAACUAUAAAUGAAGCAAACUAACUUUAAAGCACUGGUGCAUUCCCCAACACUAAGGAUGUUAGUUUAUAUGCAAGCUGCCACAUUUAGUGGUCUAAUUAUGCUGAGUUACAGUGCAUUUAAUUGCAUGCAACUACACUCCUAGUCAAAGGUUUGGACACACCUCAUUCAGUUCAAUGAGAAGGUGCGUCCAAAUUUUUGACAGGUAGUGCAUCUCUGCCCAGUUCUUUCAGUAGACCUGAAAUAUGUUGGACAAGAGGGUAAUGGAGUGAUUAAACUCUGUAGCACAUCCUUACAUUGAGGCUCUGUGUGCUGUGGUGCUUUAUGUACAAGAAUAAAGGUGAACACAACAGCUAGUCACAGUUGAAUAGACUUCUAUUCUUGGACUCGAAAGUACUGGAUGUACAGUAUGACAGGGCUACCUGGACAUCAUGUCAGAGUCCAUGAAAACAGACAUUAUAUACACAGGAGCAAAGUACGUGUAAAACGGUGAUCGUUUCACAAGCAGCAAUAACAAAAAUCGUUUAAUAUUAAACUGAGAGAUGGGAGACAUCAGGUGGAACAGAGGAACCAGGAUGCUAAGUCACUCUUCUGCUGAAACAACUGAUCACCCGAGAGCUAUGCUGUUGGAUUUUGGUAAGAGAAAUGUGCUAGGAAAAACACGUUAUUCGUUAAGAAGCGUGCAUUUGUAAGAGGUCAGCGUGGAACAGUGGCACUUAACUAUUCAUCAUGACUGACUGGGUUUGGCUUUGAUAAUUCCGAACGUGACAGCCUCUCCUCUUCUGCAUUCACAUUUUGGCCGCGUUCCAAAAAGGAGGAGUGAAAGUCUGUCCUCCCUUUUCACUCCAUUGCUCACGGCCAUAAACAUUAAUGACUCAGGUUUCUGCGACAAUGAAAUACCACCUUUGUUGCUGAGAGCAGGCGUGACCUACCCGCCAAUGUCUCGGCUACUGUUUGCAGCACUUUUGAGACUAAGCUAUGUUGACACCCGUGGAGGUGCAUGGGGUGCACUCUAGAACUGAACCUGAAGGAACAAAACACUGACGGACAUGGAUUUUUAAGAAUUUGGACAUGGUCGUUAGGGGGUGUUUUUGGGACAAAAUACAAAGAUGGUUUGAAUCAAAGGCAUAAUGAACUUCAAACCAGGCCUGAUUAUCCACUGCAUGGCCUGUGUACAAUGAAAAGGGUAUUCUGUAUCGUAUUAAAUCUACUUACUACUGCAUGGAGCUCACCUACCAGGGCCACAUAACACACUUUGCCUUUCAUUCAAAUAUCGAGUAAAUACCUCUCUAUAUGCAGGGAACAAAUAUAAAAUGACAUGCGCAAUGUGCUUCCUGUCUAUGGUGCAGAACGCAUUACUCUAGAUGUACAUAUGGUAUGUUUCAUGACAUGUAGCACAUUGUUGUUGUUCCUUUGUUUUGUGUUUUACAUUUAGCAAAUAUUUCUUUUUUAAUUAUUCAUCAUCCCAUCUGUAUGAAACGUUUGGCAGCUUCAUUGCACCUUUCAAAUGGAAACCAUCUUCAUUGUUCUCAUUAAGACUCUGCAAAAGUUGCAUAUAAACACCAGACAACACAAUACACAAAUCCUUUUUGAGAAUGAAAUAGUAGCCGGUUAAGCUACCAGUUACAAUGAAUAAUUUAUUGACACUGCAACAUAUUGCUUCAUAGACCACUGAAAUUAAGAGAUCUAGACCUCGGCUGGGAUUGUGAUGAAUUUUUUAUGGUGUUUUGGAUGUCCGUCUACAGCAUUUAAACCCAAAUCUCAAGGUUAAUCUUUCAGUUUUGAUCUCUGAUGAUUGAUAUACUGUGUUAUAGGACUGUUAUUGGCAUCAAGGGGCAAUAAAUAAUUCCUAGGGUAUGUUCUGCUCUAUGUCACUAAUACAUGGGUUAACAUUUACCAAAUAUUAUAUCUGCUGAUUUCCCCUCUUGAGAUACUGGAGCGUUAUUGGCAUAGUUUGUUAUUAAGAGCAACGCUUUGUAAAAAAAAAAAAAAAAUCCUUCCCAGCUUCCAUUUUUUAUGUAAAUGCGACAGAAAAUGAUGGAGCAAUUUGGGCUCAACAUUAGGCAUGCAUGAAUCGUUAUGAAAAGAUCGAGAUGUUUUGAUCUACCACAGCUGCACUAACCGAAACUGGCCAGCAGGGGCGGUGUGUGAUUUUACAAAAAACUUUGAAGGCGUGUUAAGUUUAUUCUUUGGCUGCAGUGAAAAAUCCAGACGAGGUGUCGAUGAUUGUUUUCCUAAUCAUCAGCUGCUGCUAAGAUUCAGGCUCCUGAAAAGAAAUAACCAUCUUUAGCUGCCUCUACAGUUUUCAUCUGCAGUUUGGUGAAGGGAGCUGUCCACUGCUGGUGGUGCUGAAAGUUUGCUCUGUGCGCCUCUGACAGACUUAACCAAACAAUUAAGAGAUAUUUCCGUUUUUAUUACAGUCACGAGAAAUAUCCUUUAAUUGUAAGAUUAUGCCUAUCUAGAAACACCAUCUCUGCCAACAUUUCUUCUCCUUCUUUUCAGCUCUGCGCACGCCGGGUAUUUCGCAAGCACUGAGAGGCAUUUAACUGCUGGAAUUACUGGCACACUGUAGACUGGCUCUCUAAAAAGCGUGUCCUUAACAUUAUCCACAAUCCUGCCAUUAAAAACAACACCCACGGCGUCAAUUUUGCAGAAGCGAUGAUCAAUUAAACGACCAAGCGAGGCAGCUUUAACGAAACAGAAAUGUAGUCUAUUUCGUGUUUGCUCCUCUACAAAACACUCCCGUGUUAACUCGAUCCAGCUGUUCUCCCGGUUCAGUCAGACGUUUUUGCUUUUAGUCACGUCUGUCCCUCAUCCAUCAGCCCUCUCCGAGGAUCACGACGUGUAAAUCCCUUUCUCUGCCACAUCAGCUGCGCUCUGUCGCCGCUGAAGUGCGCUGAAAUGUGGUUCCGCCGAUUCGCUCCCUCACAUCUUCCGCGAAAACGCCAACUUCUCCAAAAGUAAACUGCGUCCUGAGAUCGAGCCAAAUCUGCAGGUUGAGUUCACGCGUUUGUCGCGUUAAUUUCUUGCCGCCGAUCAGCAUAUUGGCUCUGUGGAGUUUUUGCUUUGCCCGCUGGAACCUCCAAUCAUGUGUUUAAUUAUCGGCUCUCCGCGCGUCUUUCUCCAGCUAGUCCAAAUCAUUUCUAGCCGGCUUGUCGGGACAGCAUCCGAGUCGUGAAGUCUCUGCAAUCACGUGAUUGAGACGGGACUGAAGAGUGAGAUUUUUUCUCAGUGUGUAUGUGAGCGUCUCUCCGUGUGUAGUUAGAGGGGUGUCCCUCCUCCGCAUUUUUGCUGCUUGCCAUGCUUUAGACGCCGGAGCGCAGGGAGAGAGGCGAGAGUGAGAGAGGUAACGCCGGUCUCUCUCACCGGGCUACCUGUCUUUUCGGUCUUACCUCGGGUCCACGUCGGUUCUUACUCGCCUUUUUGCACCCACCUUCCUGUGUUCUGCUUGUUUUUGUUGGUUAAAAAAAAAGAAAAAGAAAAAAAAACUGUGGCCAUUUCUGUUGGGCUUGACGCGGUCUGGUCUGCUAGGAGGAGGAUCGUUUCUGUUUGGCACUGGGUUUUGAUCGUCUUUCUUUUCUUCCUUUUUUUUUUUUUUUUUUUUUUUUUUUUUUUUUUUUUUGCUUUGGUUGCUCCAUUUGGACAGUAUAGGACGAGUCGAGCAGAGCUUGGAUGAGCCUCCUCACUGAAAUCCCGAGAUGGAGUUGCUGCUGAUCUGCCUUUCCCUGUGGAUACUGCAAUGCAAUUCGGCCAAAGCGGACUCAAUCAUACAUAUCGGUGCCAUAUUCGAGGAAAAUGCCGUGAGAGAUGACGAGAUUUUCCAACUUGCCAUAUCAGAUUUGAGUCUGAACGACGACAUUCUGCAGAGCGAGAAAAUCACCCACUCUGUGAAACUUAUAGAGCCUAACAACCCCUUCCAGGCUGUGCAGGAAGCAUGCGAGUUGAUGAACCAGGGGAUCCUCGCUCUGGUUACAUCCACGGGCUGUGCAGCCGCCAGUGCUCUGCAGUCUCUGACAGAUGCAAUGCACAUCCCCCACCUCUUCAUUCAAAGAAACGGCGAUGGCGCACCCCGCACUGCCUGCCAGCUCAACCCCAGCCCUGACGGAGAGAGCUACACGCUGGCUGCCCGUCCGCCGGUCCGAAUCAGUGAGGUCCUGCUCACUCUCGUCUCAGAACUACACUGGCAGAAGUUCAUCAUCUUUUACGAGAGCAACUACGAUAUCCGGGGCUUGCAAACCUUCAUGGAUCAGGCGUCCCGGCUGGGUCUAGACAUUUCCCUGCAGAGGGUCGACCGCAACGUCAGUCGAGUAUUCACCGACCUCUUCAACACCAUGCGCACUGAGGAGCUCAACCGGUACCGGGACACUUUGCGGAGGGCCGUGCUGCUGAUGAGCCCCCGAAGUGCACAGGUGUUCAUCCACCAGGCUGUGGAAACCAACCUGGCAUCCAAGGACAGUCACUGGGUCUACGCCAAUGAGGAGGUCAGUGAUGCAGACAUCCUGGAACUGGUGUACGGUGCUCUGGGGAGGAUGACCAUCAUCCGUCAGAUCUUCCCACUGUGGAGAGACACCAACGUUCGUUGUAUGAGGAACAAUCACCGCAUCUCUUCCCUGCUCUGCGACCCUCAAGAGGGCUACCUGCAGUCCUUGGAGGUGUCCAAUCUCUAUCUGUAUGACAGCGUUUUGAUGCUGGCCAACGCCUUCUAUAGGAAACUGGAGGACAGGAAGUGGCACAGUAUGGCCAGCCUUAACUGCAUGAGAAAAUCCACCAAACCGUGGAAUGGAGGAUGGUCUAUGCUGGACACCAUCCAAAAGGAAAGGAUCAGUGGCCUGACUGGAUUGAUGGACUUCCGCGCUGAAGGCUCCAAUUCUCACGUACAGUUUGAGAUUCUCGGGACGAGCUACAGCGAGACGUUUGGAAAAGAUGUGAAACGGCUGGCAUCUUGGGACUCCGCUCGUGGUUUGAACGGCAGCCUAAAGGAGAAUCGCAUAGAAAGUGGUAUGCAGGGAGUAACGCUCAAGAUUGUAACAUUACUGGAAGAACCUUUCGUAAUGGUGGCGGAGAACAUUCUGGGCCAACCCAAGAGAUAUAAAGGUUUCUCAAUAGACGUGCUGGAUGCCCUCGCCAAGAUCCUGGGCUUCAAAUAUGACAUCUACCAAGUCGGGGAUGGGAAGUACGGCUCAGUGCUCCCUAAUGGAUCCUGGAAUGGUAUGAUUGGAGAACUCAUUGGCAAGCGAGCCGACUUGGCCGUGUCGGCAAUCACCAUCACACCAGAGCGCGAGAGCGUGGUCGACUUCAGCAAGCGCUACCUGGACUAUUCAGUGGGAAUCCUGAUGCGCAAGUCAGAGGAAAAGAUCAACAUUUUUUCUUUGCUGGCCCCAUUUGACCUGGCGGUGUGGGCAUGCAUUGCAGCAGCCAUCCCUGUGGUGGGAAUCAUGAUCUUCCUGCUCAGGCGCAUCCAGGCGGUGCGCUGCCACAACAAUACCGGAGGUCACCCACCACCGUCUGUCUCCACUUCACUCCAGAGCGCCAUCUGGAUUGUCUACGGUGCUUUUGUGCAACAAGGCAGUGACUCCAUCCUGGGAUCGGUGGCUCUCCGUAUCGUCAUGGGCAGCUGGUGGCUUUUCACCCUCAUCGUGUGUUCAUCCUACACUGCAAACCUGGCUGCCUACCUCACCGUGUCACGCAUGGACAACGCUGUCCGGUCGUUCCAGGACCUGUCCAAGCAGGUGGACCUGGUUUACGGGACAGUGAGGGACUCUGCAGUGUACGAGUAUUUCCGGGCCAAAGGCACCAACCCUCUGGAGCAGGACAGCACAUUUGCUGAGCUGUGGAAGAUCAUCAAUAAGAACAACGGCUUUGAGAACUGUGUAACCAGCCCAUCGGAGGGCAUUAAGAAGGUGAAGCGAGAGUCAUAUGCCUUUCUGUGGGACAUGGCGGUGGUGGAGUACGCUGCUCUGACGGACGACGACUGCACGCUGACUAUAGCGGGGAACAGCAUGAGCACCAGGGGUUACGGCAUGGCCCUGCAGCAUGGCAGUCCGUACAGAGACCUCUUUUCUCAGAAGAUUUUGGAGCUUCAGGAAAAGGGUGACCUCGACAUUCUGAAGCAGAAAUGGUGGCCGAAGAAAGGCCGCUGCGACCUCCAGAGCCACGCAGACGCCCAGCCGGAGGGACGGGCUUUGCGUCUCCACAGCUUUGCGGGUGUCUUCUGCAUCCUCGCCGCCGGGCUGCUACUGGCCCUCCUGGUGGCUGCGCUGGAGACGUGGUGGAACAGCAACCACUGCCGUCGAGAGCAGCCCAAAGAGCAGGUGACAAAGGAUUACGGUCUGCAAAGGGUUUCUGGUCCAUUGACAUAUAAUGACAUAAGCGCUUCACCAGAGGGGAGGCGGAACAUAUGGACAGACAGAGAAAGAGACUGGGAGGAGGCCGAGGUUCUUGACACAGGACAAAGAGGUGAACCUGGAACAGGUCCACCAGCGUUUGAACAGCCUCCUGGACGAGGACUUAGCCCACAAGCAGCUGCCAGGCCAGUCUAUCGAGAUCUCUGCCCUGGACAUUGGCAGCAUGCAACCCAGCCAGUCCCUAGAGGCCUUGUCCGUUCGGGACUACCCAACCCAUCGGGGGCCGCCGCCACUCUCUGUGACCACCUUCCUCCAGGAGGGUCAUGGGGCAGGAAGGACACUGGGCGCGGCCGCUGGCAGGAGCUUGCCCCUGCCUCUCAGCAGUGCCACCAUGCCCUCCAUCCGCUGCAAACACAGGGCGCCCAACGGGGGACUCUUCCGUCAGAGUCCAGUCAAAACACCCAUGCCAAUGUCCUACCAACCAGUGCCCGGAGGACCCAUCCCAGAAGCCAAUGAGCCCAGCCACGGGACAUCCAUCUGAGCACGCCUAACAUUCAAAGACACUCGAGCUCAAACAGCAGAGUGGAGAGCUAAACAGCGUGCUAACUGUGUGAAGAGAUAUAAAUAAAACACUUAAAAAAAAAAAA